AUGAGCUCAAACGAGAAACAAACGAAUCUUACCGAGCAGGAGAGUCAAUCUAUUCAAGCCCAACAUGAUCCUUCCAGAGAGCCUCCAUCAGAGCAACCCAUCCAAAGAGUGACGACCACUGGAGAAGACUAUAGCAUCUUGACAGUCACACAAAAGAAACUUAUCAUCAUGGUGGCGUCUGUGGCUUCACUCUUUUCUCCCAUGGCAACUGCUAUCUAUUAUCCAUCACUCGACACGAUAUCCAAGGAUCUCAAUGUUACGAAUUCGAAGAUCAACAUCACUGUUACGAUCUUCUUGGUCAUCCAAGGAAUAGCACCUUCAUUCGUAGCAGACAUUGCUGAUCGCCAAGGUCGAAGACCAAUGUACAUCUACUGCUUCAUCGUCUUCACAGCCGCCAACAUCGGUCUAGCACUUCAAAACAACUACGUCGCGCUUCUCAUCCUUCGUAUGAUCCAAGCAGCGGGCUCAUCUGGGACCGUCGCUCUUGCAAACGGUGUCGUGGGUGACAUUGUAACCUCCGCAGAAAGAGGAACUUAUAUCGCCUAUGCUUCCCUCGGAGGAAUCAUGGGUCCGAUGAUUGCACCCAUUCUCGGUGGCGUGAUCGGAGAAUACGCUGGCUGGCACUGGAUAUUCUGGUUCCUAAUCAUAUUCUCCUGCGCUGUCUUCAUACCCCUGAUUCUAUUCAUGCCGGAAACCUGUCGAAACGUCGUUGACAACGGCUCCAUCCCUCCACCCUUCUUCUCUCGCAACAUCACCGAUACGAUCAGACAUCGACAUCGAAGAGAAAAAGGCCUAGAAAUCAACGAAGAAAAGCAAGCCGAGUUCGCCAGCAAGUAUAAAUUCAGACUCCCAAACCCCAUCUCAACACUCAGAGUCCUCCUAGACCCAGAAAGCGCCGUCCUCCUCAUCGCCACCGGUCUCGGCCUCGGGUGCUUCUAUGCGAUCUCCACCGGCGCAUCCGUCGCCUUCUCUCAGAACUACGGCUUCAGCCAAGUCAAGAUCGGCCUGAUGUUCAUUCCCAUCGGCGCCGGCUCCGUACUCUCGGCCUUCACUUCCGGGCGUCUCGUAGACUGGAACUACCGCCGCUGGUGCGCGAGACUGAACGUCCCUGUCAUCAAAAAUCGGCGACAGGACUUAACAAACUUCCCAAUCGAGCGCGCGCGUCUCGAAGUCGCGUUUCCGGUGUUUUUCGUCGGAGGAGCAUUCUUGGUUGCCUAUGGAUGGAUUCUCACUGCGAAGGUGUCGGUAGCGGUGCCUGUGGUGUUUUUGUUCUUCACGGGGUAUGCGCUUACGUCUUGUUUUCAGAUCUUGAAUGUGUUGAUGGUGGAUAUCUAUCCGGGGAAACCGUCGGUUGCUACAGCGGCGAAUAAUUUCGUGCGGUGCGAGAUUGGGGCUGUUUUCUCGGCGGUGUUGCUCCCGUUGGUGGAUAGGGUGGGGUGGGGAUGGGCGUAUACGAUUCUGGCGCUCCUGUUUAUUGGGUUUGCGCCGAUGCUGUUGUUGAUUAUGAAUAGGGGACCGAAGUGGAGGAAGGCGAGGAAGGAGAGGGAAGAUAGGGCAAGGGCGCAUAGGCAAGAAAAAAGGGAGUUGAAGAUUGAGGCAGCGGCGAAGGGGAAGAGUUGA